CAGAUGGCUGUGAUCUUGCAGUAUUUCUAUCACAACUAAAAUCUGAAGGUUUGUUUGAGGGUUUUUUGCAACAUGACUCAUUGUUUUUGAGGCUGGCCACCUAAACUGAUGUGUCGAAUGCAACUGAGCGAACCAUGAAAACAAACCGCAGAUUGUCUGCCUCACUGAGAGAAUGUGUUAAAAAGGUGGUUACUAAAUGAGUGAGGAGCAGAUGCAACCAACAUUACUUCCUCAUCUGCUCUGCCAUUGGGGACUUGUGCUGCCGUUCUGAUGUAUGUUUUCUUACUAGGAACCAUGACGAUGAACACCACAGUAGACAACAUCACCAGUCCCGCAAUCACAACCAACUCAAGCCAACCAACCCACCUCACCAAGCCCUUCAGAGAUGCCCUGAUCACUAUCUACACUGUUGUCCUUCUGGUGGGCAUCACGGGCUUAAGCGUCAUGAUCAGUCUGCUAAAAACCAACAUUCGCUCGUUAACCACCAUCGCCUUCCUGAACUUGAUGGUCGCACACUUUCUUUUCCUGCUCACCGUGCCAUUCAGAAUCUACUACUACGCGUCCGAAUCAUGGCAGCUGGGUCCGGAAUUCUGUAAACUGGUCAGUGCCAUGGUGCAUCUCCACAUAUACAUGGUGUUCACCAUCUACUCCAUUCUUCUCACGGUUCGCUUCCUACAUUUUUACAAGAAAACGCAGCGGACUGAGUUCUACAGGCGGCUGCACGGGCUGGGCGCGAGCGCUCUGGUGUGGACGAUCCUGUUCAUCAUCAUACUCCCACUCGUGCUGAUCCAAUACGGAAACAACACCAUACCAGAUAAACAGUGCUUCACAUUUGGGGAUGAAUUACAGAAUCCCUUUAUCUACGUCCUGAACAUGAUUCUGUCGAUCCUUCUGAUCACCGUGUCCUGUUUUCAGGCCUGCAUCCAGAUGAUCAUCCUGCGCAAGAUGAUACUCAAGUAUGGACCCGCCAGCCGCUCCCAGCAGGAGUUCUGGGUCCAAAUAAAAAACCUCAGCUUUGUACUCAUCAUGCUCACCUGCCUGGUACCGUACCACCUUUUUCGGCUACAAUACCUGAACAAAACAAAUGACCUUCAUCAGAUCAAUGAAGUGUUUCUGGCCAUCACCGGGCUUACCUGUUUCGACAUGCUGACGUUCACAGGGAAGAGCAUAUGUAAAGUGUGCUGGACAUAAAGCGGAUAAAAAAACUAUUUUCAGCAUCACUAAAGGUCUGCAGAUGUGAUGCUGGAAAACUGUUUAACACAAAACUAGUUUACUCAUUAUAAUACGGUAAAGACAGUAAAGGUGAAUGAACAUCAGGCAAAAUGUAGCCUAUAGCCUACCAUGUUAGCCGUAUUUUGCGCCAAUAGUGGUUCAUUGUGACUCUGAAAGCGUUUUACAUUGUUUGAAAAGCAGACCUGUUUCUUUUUUCUUUUUUUAAAUUUUCUGAUCCUUUUAUUUGUUGUAGCAUGACAAAUCCAAUAUAGCAUGGUAAUUACAGUAACAGGAAUACAAACACUGUAUUUAGUGUACUGUUUUUA